GUAAAAGGUAAGAAAAGGGUACGGGACGAGACGACUCCGAAAGUCGUCUGUAAGUGAUAACAUUUGUGGAUUUUUGACCACCUCAAUCUCUCUCUCUCUCUCUCUCUCUCUCUCUAGGAGUCUCGAUACACAGGGAAAAUUUAUAGAGACCUGUUAGAAAAAAAAAAAACAAAAAAAACACUCUCACAGUGAAAGGGAGGGAGAGAGAGAAAUGGAUUGUGCUUCAAACUUCAUACUGUGAGUCUUUGCCUUUGUCUUCUUGAGAGAGAGAAAACUGGAUUGGAAUUGCAGUCUUGCAGAUCCAACUCGUUUUUCCCUACUCUUCAGGAGGUCAGCGAUUCUCAUAGUGGUUGGUGACCUAGAGUUGAUGGACUGGAACUUCAUUAGUGAUUGGAAUUGGUACUGGGGUGAUUUUGGUAGAACAUUGGGUUCCGUGUAGAUCAGUACUGUAACGAUCUUUUUUUGAGAAGGUUUAAGUUUUGCCACUGGUGAAACCGAGUUUUGAGCUUCCCAUAAGAUAGGAAAAAACCGUUGCUUUUGGUUAUCCAAAGUUGUUCAAGUUCUUGGGUUCGCUUUUGUAUGGAAUUCGUGAACAAUAAGUGAAAAAUAUAGAUUGUCAGUGGUUAAAAAAAAUGGGUGGGAUAUGCUCCAGAACGAGGAGAUCUCCUGUAGACAAUGCCACUGUAAAUGAUUCGUCUGCUGGGUGCUAUCCUCAUGUUAAUGGUCAUUCAGAUAAUGGGUCUCGUGCCUUGCCCAUGAAACUAAAUAACAAUUCUACGCCAUCCUCUGUUGUUGACAACAUGGAUAAGCAAUUACGAGAUCCAUUUUCGUUUCCGGAGUUGAAUACUGCUCCUUAUGGGCUAGGCGCGGAUGAUAUUAAUGAUGGGAUUCCUCACUUGUCUAGGGCCCUAUCGCAUAAGUCUAGAUCUACCAAAUCUAAACAGGCUGCUGUUGCAAAGGUUUCGGAAGUAAGCUCACUUUUGGGUAGGGCUGGUACAGCUAGCCUUGGGAAGGCGGUAGAGGUUUUGGACACACUUGGUAGUAGCAUGACUAAUUUGAACCUCAAUAGUGGUUUUACAUCAGGGUUGACAACAAAAGGGAAUAAAAUUUCAAUAUUGGCUUUUGAAGUUGCAAAUACUAUAGUUAAAGGUUCCAAUUUAAUGCAAUCCCUUUCGAAGGAGAACAUCAAACAUUUAAAAGAGGUUGUGCUUCCAUCAGAAGGGGUGAAGAAUUUAAUAUCAGGAAAUAUGGAUGAGCUCCUGAGAAUUGCUGCAUCUGACAAGAGAGAAGAACUGAAAGUUUUCUCCGGAGAAGUGGUCCGAUUUGGAAAUCGUUGUAAAGAUCCUCAAUGGCACAAUUUGGAUCGCUAUUUUGAGAAGUUGGGUUCAGAACUUACACCCCAGAAUCAAUUGAAGGAAGAUGCGGAGACACUGAUGAAAGAGUUGAUGACUCUGGUUCAGCAUACAGCUGAAUUAUAUCACGAGUUGCAUGCUUUGGACAGAUUUGAACAAGAUUAUCGACGCAGACAGCAGGAAGAGGAUAACUCAAAUGUCACUCAAAGAGGAGAAAGCCUUGCAAUUUUAAGAGCCGAGUUGAAGAGUCAAAGGAAGCAUGUCAAAACCUUGAAGAAAAAAUCUCUCUGGUCCAAGAUUUUGGAAGAGGUAAUGGAGAAGCUUGUAGACAUCGUGCACUUCUUACAUUUGGAGAUUCAUGAUGCCUUUGGCACUGCUGAUGGUGAUAAACCAGCAAAAGCUUCUCAGAGCAACCAUGAGAAGUUGGGGACUGCUGGUCUUGCGUUGCAUUAUGCAAACAUUAUUACUCAAAUUGAUACUCUUGUGUCUAGAUCAAGUUCUGUACCUCAAAAUACAAGGGAUGCGCUAUAUCAAGGGCUUCCACCUAGUAUAAAGUCGGCUCUACGCUCAAAAUUGCAGUCAUUUCAAAUUAAGGAAGAGCUUACUGUCCCUCAGAUCAAAGCUGAGAUGGAGAAGACUUUGCAAUGGCUUGUCCCCAUUGCCGCUAACACAACUAAAGCUCAUCAUGGCUUUGGUUGGGUUGGAGAAUGGGCAAAUACAGGGUCUGAGGUGAACCGAAAACCUGCUGGUCAAACCGACUUACUCAGGAUUGAGACAUUACACCAUGCAGAUAAGGAGAAAACUGAAGCCUAUAUUCUCGAACUGGUGGUGUGGCUUCACCAUUUGGUCAACCAAGCCAGGGCCGGAAAUGGUGGUAUUAGGUCUCCUGUUAAAUCACCUAUACGCUCUCCAAACCAGAAGGCGAUUCAAUCGUCUACACACAAGCCCAACUGUGCAUCCCCCACGUUGACAAUUGAAGAUCAAGAGAUGCUUCGUGAUGUGAGCAAAAGGAAACUUACCCCCGGAAUAAGCAAGAGUCAGGAAUUUGACACUGCCAAGACCAGAUUAAACAAGCACCAUAGGCUGAGUAAAAGUAGCAGCCAUUCUCCAACUAGUGAAGCUAGGAAGGAUCCAUUCCCCAUUAGGAGACCGUCCUCUGUUCCUGUCAUCAACUUUGAUAUUGACCGUAUCAAGGCCUUGGACGUCAUUGAUCGAGUGGACACAAUUCGGAGUAUUUGAGUUGCAUGGUAUUGAUUGGAGAUGAUAACAUCAGGAGAUGCACAGGCAAAAGGGUCAGUCUUGCACUUGUAACAUGUACAUCUGUUACCGUCUUCAUUGUUGUGCCUUUAGGUUGUGGCAACGAGGUAUAUUAGGUGUUAGUGCGAUGAGAUGGUUGAGUGAUGGAAGUCGUAACUUUUUUUGAAUAUGAAAAAUUAGGGUGACAAUGGCAACGACGUAUUCUUGGAGGGAAAUUUAGAAAUUGCUGUAGAGAUGGAAUGAAUGAGGGGGUAUAGUUUUGUUUGGUCUAUAUGUACAGAGUACGUGAUGAAUAAUCGAAGGUUAAUGAUUUUUGUUCCCCGUUUUA